AUGCGGUCUCCUCAACGACAGUGCGGGAAAAAAAGAAUGGAAGAAGGAAAGGCGAUGGGUGUUUCUGGGGGCUGCGAGGAAUGUGUCUGGGAGGAAUGCGGCACGGCGCUCACGGCCCGUGUGCUCUACAGUGGAAAGAUGCGAAGUUCCCGUUACGCCGGGCGACCUCACUUGAUCUGGAACCGCGCACAAUCGAGCUCCUGCGCACAGGCCACGCCCGGGGGCUCCGAGCGCCACCGCGCGCCGCCGGCCGCCGGCACACGCCACGCUAAGGAUCAAGCUGCAGAUCAGGCGCUCCUGUAUGCGACGCUGGAAGUGGACUCGGAUGUCACUGCCAGGCGCGACCGCGGACGUCGCACCUCUACCCGCGUUUUGAAAUACGGCUGGGAUUUAGCUGCGCCUUGGCAGCGGGGCAGCAAAGACAGUGCCAGCGAAGACAGCAGAUUUGCAAGAAAUUGAGAUCGGAGUAAAGCGGAAAGGGAGCUCCAAGGCUGCAAGCUAGUGGAAGAAUCUGAAGACUCCAUGGAUGCUCGAAAUCCGGACGUGGUAGCUGAGGAGUGGAAAAGUUGGUGCUGCGGUAACCAAGCAGUACAUCCAGUGAAUCGAUCCGCGUAUUUUAGAUGA